AUGGGUUCUCCUCAAUCCAGCCAGGAAUCAGCACUGGGCACCCCCUUUCCUCCAGGUCCAGAUCCUGGGACCCCGAAAAAGAUCAUCUUUUGGGAUGAGGCUGGCCACCAUCCCUGGUCUUCUCCAGCUGUGAACAGCUCAGCAGGGCAGGAGCCCCAGAAGCAACUCCCAGAGGUGCUUGGUGGGGCCUGGGGACCACCUCUAGGGGACGGGCUGCCCCUGCUCACCAUCAUUGUUGCUGCCUUUGUCCUGCUGGCAGUCUGUAUUGUGGUGGCUGUCCACUUUGGGCCAAGACUACAUCAGGGCCAUGCCACUCUCCCCACAGAGCCACCAGCCCCAAAGCCGGAGGACGGCAUCUACCUCAUCCACUGGCGAAUACUGGGUCCCCAGGACAAUCAUGAAGAUGCCCAGCAGGAACCUCCUGCCUCUGGCUCCUGCCUUGUGCCAGAUGGACCUAGGCUCAGCGUGGAUGAAGUCACUUAUCUGUAG